AUGGGACAGUGUUGCAGCAACUGUUGCAACGAGAACCGCAAGUGUUGCAAAAGAGAGAAUAGCAACUGUUGCAAAAAAGACAGCAGCAGCAACAACAGCUGUUGCAGAAACAGAAAAAGAUGUUGCAACAACAACAAAAGAUGUUGCGAGAGCAACAGCAACAGCAGAGCAUCACUUCAGCCAAAUUACGGAAGGAGACAGUCAAUGGAGGAGCCAGUGCCAUUUGAUGCCAGUGAGGCUAUCACCACCUCCUUGCGGUACCACUCGGACAUCCCGAUCUUCACCAACAAAUCCGUCCUCGUUGACUAUCAAAAGCGAACUGAUGGUGAUACCGCUAAUGUGGCCAGUGUAGGCGCUGGUGGGGCUGUUUAUAAAAAAUAA